GUCACACAACAUCAUGGCGGCGUACAUGCUGAACAAAAACACAGCACACUUUUACCCACAAAGAUAAGCAAUCGGAUAAUGACAAACGAUUCAAUUUGCGUUUAAAUGGGCAAGUAAUCGACCGUUCAUCAAAUGAUGAACAAGAAAACUGACGACGAAAUAUGCCGAACCCAAGAAAGCAUGACCCUCCCACUGGUUCAAAUAACUUCAGUGAAAUCUGGAGUCGUGUUUACAAACUUUCUCAAAACAGGUUGACAACAAACAAAUCGGGUAAAAGCCAGAAACUGACACCUCAAUCUUCACCUUCUGUCAGGAAGUCACCACAUUCUCGUUCUAAAGGUAAGAUGGUGGCUAAAAGUACACGGGAAAGGUCUUGCUAACCAGCUAGUUGGGUAACUAACAACAGCUAGAAUCGAGCUAAUUUGGCCAAACUUGCGUGUAGGUUGCAGGAUAAACAGCUCUAACGUUAAUUAGCUGGCCAGAGACGUAGCUAACUAGCUAGCUAGCUAGGGCCACUUUCAGUUGCCAAACGUUCUCGGAACAUUGCAGAUAUAAAUGCCAUGUAUAUAGCUGAUGUGAUUCCUCAUUCCACAUGCCAGAGGCAUGUUUGAUUUACACAGACUAUAUAUUUCUAUCUGAGCGUUCCAAAACGUUGCCUCCUGCUGAACGCGCCCCAGGUGUAGUUUAUUAGGAUCACCAUUAGCUACAGCACAUGCAGCAGCUACUCUUCCUGGGGUCCACAUAAAACGUACAGAUAAAUUACGAAGUGCAGAACAGUUAUAGACAAGGACAUUAUAUAUACAACAUUACAAUAAGAGUUUUAUAUAUUAGAAAGACACCAAGAGACAACAAAAAUACGAUUUACACACUAUUCAUAUAUACAUAUUCAUAUUCUUAUAUACAGUUAAAUGAGCUCGUUAGAAAGAGGAGAGGCGCUGUGAUACAAUGUUUUUAAAGCUAAACUAACUUUUUGCCUAAGUAACCUCUGGUGGCAGAGCAUUCCACGAUGACAUGGCUCAAUACAUAACUGAGCAAUGCAUUAGCUCCUAGUCGCUCCUCACGCUCUGAUGCCGUCCCUAUGGUGCGCCAGUGUGACCAGGUAGAACCCGUUGUUGUUCACCUAUCUAGUAUGUCUAGCGACCCCCUUACAGAUAAUCUCGUUCCCACCAGAUUUGGAGACCCCCAAACGGCGAGCGAGGGGCAGAUACACGGGCUUAAACAACACUGCUGAUUCCCCUGGGGAUGGAGAUAUUUCGCAAGACAUCAUAUGGGACCCGGCAUCACCUACUCCUGCUAGAAGUGGUAUGAUGGUGUUGUUAAGUCACGUGAUGAGCGAAGGCAUAUUAGCUUUAACAUUAACAUCACUUUUUCCUUCAUUCGUCCUCCUACUCAUUCUACUCACACCUAUCAGACCAUCAUGUGUCAUCCUCAAUCCACCCAUCUUUUUGUUCUCCUUCUCAAAGCCAGCACAUGAUGGUGUCUUAGUUGAUAUGAGGUCAUGUUUAAUUCCCCCACAGAUCACAUAGCCUACAUAUAGGCUACUUAAAGUUUCCGCUAGUGGCCCAAAGUGAUUGUGACUACUAUGUACACUACCAGUCAAAAGGUUUAGAACACCUACUCAUUCAAGGGUUUUACUUUUUUUUUAAAAACUAUUUUCUACAUUGUGGAAUAAUAGUGAAGACAUCAAAACUAUGAAAUAAUACAUAUGGAAUCAUGUAGUAACCAACAUAGUGUUAAACAAAUCCAAAUUGUAUAUAUUAUUUUUUAUAUUUGAAAUUCUUCAAAUAGCUACCCUUUUCGUUGAUGACAGCUUUGCACACUCUUGGCAUUCUCUCAACCAGCUUCAUGAGGUAGUCACCUGGAAUGCAUUUCAAUUAACAGGUGUGCCUUCUUAAAAGUUAAUUUGUGGAAUUUCUUUCCUUCUUAAUGCGUUUGAGCCAAUCAGUUGUGUUGUGACAAGGUAGGGGGGUAUACAGAAGAUAGCCCUAUUUGGUAAAAUACCAAGUCCAUAUUAUGGCAAGAACAGCUAAAAUAAGCAAAGAGAAACGACAGUCCAUCAUUACUUUAAGAUAUGAAGGUCAGUCAAUAUGGAACAUUUCAAGAACUUUGAAAGUUUCUUCAAGUGCAGUUGCAAAAACCAUCAAGCACUAUGAUGAAACUGGCUCUCAUGAGGACCGCCACAGGAAAGGAAGACCCAGAGUUACCUCUGCUGCAGAGGAUAAGUUCAUUAGAGUUACCAGCCUCAGAAAUUGCAGCCCAAAUAAAUGCUUCACAUAGUUCAAGUAACAGACAUAUCUCAACAUCAACUGUUCAGAGGAGAGUGUGUGAAUCAGGCCUUCAUGGUCGAAUUGCUGCAAAGAAACCACUACUAAAGGACACCAAUAAGAAGAAGAGACUUGCUUGGGCCAAGAAACACGAGCAAUGGACAUUAGACAGGUAGAAAUGUGUCCUUUGGUCUGGAGUCCAAAUUUUAGAUUUUUGGUUCCAACCGCCAUGUCUUUGUGAGACGCGGUGUGGGUGAACGGAUGAUCUCUGCAUGUGUAUUUCCCACCGUAAAGCAUGGAGGAGGAGGUGUUAUGGUGUGGGGGUGCUUUGCUGGUGACACUGUCUGUGAUUUAUUUAGAAUUCAAAGCACACUUAACCAGCAUGGCUACCACAGCAUUCUGCAGUGAUAUCCCAUCUGGUUUGAGCUUAGUGGGACUAUCAUUUGUUUUUCAACAGGACAAUGACCCAACACACCUCCAGGCUGUGUAAGGGCUAUUUUACCAAGAAGGAGCAUGAUGGAGUGCUGCAUUAGAUGACCUGGCCUCCACAAUCCCCCAACCUCAACCAAAUUGAGAUGGUUUGGGAUGAGUCGGACCGCAGAGUGAAGGAAAAGCAGCCAACAAGUGCUCAGCAUAUGUGGAAACUCCUUCAAGACUGUUGGAAAAGCAUUCCAGGUGAAGCUGGUUAAGAGAAUGCCAAGAGUGUGCAAAGCUGUCAUCAAGGUGAAGGGUGGCUAUUUGAAGAAUCUCAAAUAUAAAAUAUAUUUUGAUUUGUUUAACUAUUUUUUUGGUUACGACAUGAUUCCAUAUGUGUUAUUUCAUAGUUUUGAUGUCUUCACUAUUAUUCUACAAUGUAGAAAAUAGUAAAAAUAAAGAAAAAGCGUUGAAUGUGUAGGUGUUGUAAACCUUUUGACCGGUUGGUGUAAAUGUGGCAACAGAAGGCUAACUGUUCCUUAUUCUCCAGAAGGGCCCAGCAACACCAGAGUUGUUGAGAUAUCAGACAUCGUCAAUCGGAUCGCCCCUAAGGUCAGUGUAUAAAACGUGUUCACCGUCUCACUGAGGUCCAUUGAUAGUUGCUGGCUGGCUGCAGCACCGACAUGUUUUUGAAUCAUCGUGUGUUACUGUGGAUAUAAAGGCCUUGUUAUAUAGAAAUAUUAAAAUGUAAAAGACUGCAUUUCACUGUGUUGAUUUAUUUCAGUGGAUGCAAAGAUAUACACUCUAAGUGGAUGUGAUACUGCUUUGAAGGAAGACAUUCUAAAUAUGGUACUUCUCGAAGCACUGGGGGCUAAAGCCUGUGCCCAUGCUUGACACAUUGGUUUUUCUCACAACUCCAAAAUCUUUAGGUUGGUCACAGCACACAAACCAGCUGUUAUAUACCAUGUGUUCCUUUUCCAGGAUGCCCAGCAUGUCUCUGUGGAUAGUCCUCUGCUCCAGUGGAUUGGGGACAGUGCUGUCCCCUGUACUCCAGAGGUACGCCCGCCCAGAGCCAGGAAGAAAUCCACUCGGUGAGUGAACUACUAUACUGCACUUGUACAAAUCAAAUUGUAUUUGUCACAUGCGCCGAAUACAACAGGUGUAGACCUUACAGUGAAAUGCUUACUUACGAGCCCUUAACCAACAAUGCCGUUCAAGAAAUUGAGUUAAGAAAAUAUUUACUAAAUAAACUAAAGUAAAAAAUUUAAUAAAAAGUAACACAAUAAAAUAACAAUAACGGGGCUAUAUACAGGGGGUACCGGUACCGAGUCAAUGUGCGGGGGUACAGGUUAGUCCAGGUAAAUUGUACGUGUAGGUAGGGGUAAAGUGACUAUGCAUAGAUAAUAAACAGCGAGUAGCAGCAGUGUAAAAACAAAGGGGGUGGUGUCAAUGCAAAUAGUCCAGGUGGCCAUUUGAUUAAUUAAUUAAAGUCUUAUGGCUUGGGGGUAGAAGCUGUUAAGGAGCCUUUUGGACCUAGACUUGGCGCUCCGGUACCGCUUGCCGUGCGGUAGCAGAGAGAACAGUCUAUGACUUGGGUGACUGGAGUCUUUGACAAUUUUUUGGGCCUUCCUCUGACACCGCCUAGUAUAGAGGUCCUGGAUGGCAGGAAGCUUGGCCCCAGUGAUGUACUGGGCUGUACGCACUACCCUCUCAGUCGGAUGCCGAGCAGUUGCCAUACCAGGCGGUGAUGCAACCGGUCAGGAUGCUCUCGAUGGUGAAGCUGUAGAAUGUUUUGAGGAUCUGGGGACCCAUGCCAAAUCUUUUCAGUCUCCUGAGGGGGAAAAGGCAUUGUCGUGCCCUCUUCACGACUUUCUUGGUGUGUUUGGACCAUGAUAGUUUGUUGGUGAUGUGGACACCAAGGACCUUGAAACUCUCAACACGCUCCACUACAGCCCUGCCGAUGUGAAUAGGGGCGUGUUUUGGCCCUCCUUUUCCUGUAGUCUACGAUCAUCUCCUUUGUAUUGCUCAUGUUGAGGGAGAGGUUGUUGUCCUGGCACCACACUGCCAUGUCUCUGACCUCCUCCCUAUAGGCUGUCUCAUCGUUGUCGGUGAUCAGGCCUACCACUGUUGUCGUAGGCAAACUUAAUGAUGGUGUUGGAGUCGUGCUUAGCCAUGCAGUCGUGGGUGAACAGGGAGUACAGGAGGGGACUAAGCACGCACUCCUGAGGGGCCCCCGUGUUGAGGAUCAGCGUGGCAGAUGUGUUGUUGCCUGCCCUUCAGGAAGUCCAGGAUCCAGUUGCAGAGGGAGGUGUUUAGUCCCAGGGUCCUUAGCUUAGUGAUGAGCUUUGAGGACACUAUGGUGUUGAAUGCUGAGCUGUAGUCAAUGAACAGCAUUCUCACAUAGGUGUUCAUUUUGUCCAGGUUGGAAAGGGCAGUGUGGCGCGCAAUAGAGAUUGCAUAAUCUGUGGAUCUGUUGGGGCGGUAUGCGAAUUGGAGUGGGUCUAGGGUUUCCGGGAUGAUGGUGUUGAUGUGCGCCAUGACCAGCCUUUCAAAGCACUUCAUGGCUACAGACGUGAGUGCUCCGGGGGGUAGUCAUUUAGGCAGGUUACCUUAGUGUUCUUGGUUACAGGGACUAUGGUGGUCUGCUUGAAACAUGUUUGUAUUACAGAUUAGUUCAGGGAGAGGUUGAAAAUGUCAGUGAAGACACUUGCCAGUUGGUCCGUGCAUGGUCUGAGUACACGUCCUGGUAAUCCGUCUGGCCCCCGCACUUGUGACUGUUGACCUGUUUAAAGGUCUUGCUCACAUCGGCUACGGAGAGCGUGAUCACACAGUCGUCCGGAACAGCUGGUGCUCGCAUGCAUGCUUUAGUGUUGCUUGCCUCGAAGCGAGCAUAGAAGUAAUUUAGUUCAUGUGGUAGGCUUGCGUCACUGGGCAGCUUUCUGCUGGGUUUCCCUUUGUAGUCUGUAAUAGUUUGCAAGCCCUGCCACAUCCGACGAGCGUCAGAGCCGGUGUAGUAGGAUUCAAUCUUAGUCCUGUAUUGACGCUUUGCCUGUUUGAUGGUUCGUCUGAGGGCAUAGCAGGAUUUCUUAUAAGCAUCCGGAUUAGUGUCCCGCUCCUUGAAAGCGGCAGCUCUAGCCUUUAGCUCGGUGCGGAUGUUGCCUGUAAUCCAUGGCUUCUGGUUGGGAUAUGUACGUACGGUUACUGUGGGGACGACGUCGUCGAUGCACUUAUUGAUGAAGCCAGUGACUGAGGUGGUAUACUCCUCAAUGCCAUUGGAUGAAUCAUGGAACAUAUUCCUGUCUGUGCUAGCAAAACAGUCCUGUAGCGUAGCAUCCGCAUCAUCUGACCACUUCUGUAUUGAGCGAGUCACUGGUACUUCCUGCUUUAGUUUUUGCUUGUAAGCAGGAAUCAGGAGGAUAGAAUUAUGGUCAGAUUUGCCAAAUGGAGGGCGAGGGAGAGCUUUGUAUGCGUCUCUGUGUGUGGAGUAAAGGUGGUCUGGAGUUUUUUCCCUCUGGUUGCACAUUUAACAUGCUGGUAGAAAUUAGGUCAAACUGAUUUAAGUUUGCCUGCAUUAAAGUCCCGGCCACUAGGGGCGCCACUUCUGAAUGAGCAUUUUCCUGUUUGCUAAUGGCCUUAUACAGCUCGUUUGUGGUGGUAAAUAGAUGACUACGAAAAAUAUAGAUAAAACUCUCUUGGUAGAUAGUGUGGUCUACAGCUUAUCAUGAGGUACUCUACCUCAGGCGAGCAAAACCUCGAGACCUCCUAAAUAGACACACACCCCCACCCCUCGACUUACCAGACGUAGCUGUUCUGUCCUGCCGAUGCAUGGAAAACCCAGCCAACUAUAUAUUAUACGUGUCGUUGUUCAGCCACGACUCGGUGAAACAUAAGAUAUUACAGUUUUUAAUAUCCCGUUCGUAGGAUAGGCUCGAACGGAGAUCAUCCAGUUUAUUCUCCAGUGAUUGCACGUUGGCCAAUAGAACGGAUGGUAGAGGCGGGUUACCCACUCGCCGACAAAUUCUCACAAGCCACCCCGAUCUCCUCCCCCUGUACUUCCGUCUUUUCUUCACGCGAACGACCUGGAUUUGGGCCUGGUCUCGGAGAAGCAGAAUAUCCUACAAGUCGGACUCAUUAAAGAAAAUAUAUUCGUCCAGUUCAGGUGUUCUGAUAUCCAGAAGCUAUUUUCGGUCAUAAGAGACGGUAGCAGCAACAUUAUGUACAAAAUAAGUUACAAACAAUGCGAAAAAACACACAAAAUAGCACAGUUGAUUAGGAACCCGCAAAAUGGCAGCCAUCCCCUCCAUUAUGAUAUUAAGACAUGAUAUUAAAUCACUUGUGUAAUCAGGUUGACAAGUUGAAAACCUUUAUUUAAGAUGUAAAGUUUAUUUCUCUUCCAAUAGUUGUUUGUCUUAUUCCAGUAAUUAUCUUUAUCAGAUCAUUCUUGCAGUCUGAUAUUUUGCUAGUGCUUAUACUAGUUUUUUCAAAGGUUCCUCAAUAUAGUUAUUAUGCCUUCCUUGUUCAUAUCUCCUCUCCUCCUCUCCUCUCCACAGGAAAAGCUCAGUGGAUGACUUGAUGCAGCUGGCCAGGCAGUUUGACAUCAACAUGCACCAGCAGGACAGAGAGAAGAAGAGUGCUGAACACACAAACAAUACCAUAAACAACAACAACAACAACAGGUACGGGGAGGAACCCAAGUGCCCGACAAUAAUGACGUCAUCAGCCCAUCAGGUAGAGGCGGAGCUUAACGCUCUGUUCGACGGGCCGACGCAGCGAAUCACCGGACGGCUCAGCCAAGGGUCGACCGCCUCCACCUGUUCUCAGGAAGUCAAGGUUCAAGUUGGGGUCAGCCAUCUCACUGCUGAUGACCUCAUCAAAGAGUGGGAGGUCAAGCCUGGCGGGGGAAUCCCGUCUGGUCCUACGGCUCGUACUGGUGAAGAGGUGGUAGGACAGUGGAACUCCACGACCACUGUGGCGAAAGACGAGGACUUUGACUGGGAGGAUGAUGACCUUCUCAACGACCCUAUCGUGUUGGAGAUCACCCAGAAUCCUGAGGGGCUGAAAAUGCCAGCCCCCAAACCCAGCAGCUCACUGACUCUGAGCACUGACAGAGACAACACACAGCUGGUAACAGAUACAGAAAAGACCCUUCCACCCCCACCCUCCUCUGCUACCUCUAAUCCUACCGGUCUGCACUCUCACUCUGUCUGGAAGGGGACAAGCACACACCCUCAACCUUCAAACAGAGGUGUCCUCACUGGGCCAUGUCCUAAACUCAAGCCCACCAGCAGAAGCACUUUCCUGCUGGAGCCCAACCCUUGUUUCCAGGUGAGUAUGGCUCGGACAAGCAAAGAAGCACCCAGACCCUGCCUCACUGUUGGAGAGGCCCAACCUGAGAGACCCAGGCCCGGCUUGUCUGCGGCGGGUAGGUGCCCCAGUAGAGACUCUGCAGAAGGGAAGGCUGAGGGGGUGAGCAAAGCCACAACUCCAGCCUCACGUGGAACCCCAGCCCCAGUCACUGCUCCGGCCCAGGGCUCGGCUCCCACCCAAGCCACGGACUCCACUUUCAAAGACAUCUCAGAUGAGGACCUCCAGUCCCUGUUUGACUCUGAGUCGCUGUGGAACGACGAUGAAGGUGACGAUGACGAACUGCUGUAUCAGGUGUGUGACGACGUGGAGAGGAUCUCCAACAGUCAGCCCCAGUCCGGGAACGCUACAGUAACGACGGACGCCACGGAGGUCCGAGUCCAAGAGAGCAAACCGAAAGCCCCUCCAACCGCCCCUCUGGCUAUAGCGAGAGAGGGGUCUAUGACUAUGGAUAGGGUUGUAGGUGCUACUAGAAAUAGACAGUCAACCACCCGCUCCAACUCAGCACCAGGGGACAGGAGCAGCACCCCUGUGAACUUUCAGGGAUGGAACAUUCCAGUGAAAGCAGGAAAUGUUGGGGUCGGACAUCAUACAGUCAUGUCCCAGAGCCAUCCAGGCAGUGGGGAGGGUCUGGGCAAGUUUACCCAGCUGAGGGGUGCUCCAGGCUGGGGAGCACUUGGCCUAGGAUCCCUUGGAGUUAGAACCUUCCAAGCAGAGAACUCAAAGACAGUCAUGCCACGGACAGUUUCGGCAAGAACCCUCCCAAACUCAAAUUCCCAUCAUGCAUCAUCGUUCAAGAGACAUCUCUCGGACUCGGACGCCAUCGGCAACAAAGGUGAGCUUUUUACCCCCUAAAAAAGCAAAACAAAGGUGAGCUUUGUUUGUGCAUGUGACCCCCCCUGGCACUUGUCGGAUUAGCUCCAAUAUUACAUUAAAUGUUGCCCCUAACAGUACAUAAGGCCAAUCAGGAAGUUUACUCAAAGUGUUAUCCACUUAUCGCUGGAAGUCAAGCUAGUCCAGUGUACUGAAGAGAAGAGCUCCCCAUAGUCAGCCAGUGUAGGCAGGUUUUAAACUUGUCAAGUACAUGACAAACCACAUCUAAUGGAGACGGUCAAGUUUACUGAAGAGAUGGCUAUUGGGUCAGGGCUCUGAGAGGUUAGGAGGUGAAGAGAUGGCUAUUGGGUCAGGGCCCUGAGAGGUUAGGAGGUGAAGAGAUGGCUAUUGGGUCAGGGCUCUGAGAGGUUAGGAGGUGAAGAGAUGGCUAUUGGGUCAGGGCCCUGAGAGGUUAGGAGGUAAGUCGCUCUGGAUAAGAGCGUCUGCUAAAUGACGUAAAUGUAAAUGUAAAGAGAUGGCUGUUGGGUCAGGGCUCUGAGAGGUUAGGAGGUGAAGAGAUGGCUAUUGGGUCAGGGCUCUGAGAGGUUAGGAGGUGAAGAGAUGGCUAUUGGGUCAGGGCUCUGAGAGGUUAGGAGGUAAAGAUAUGGCUAUUGGGUCAGGGCUCUGAGAGGUUAGGAGGUGAAGAGAUGGCUACUGGGUCAGGGCCCUGAGAGGUUAGGAGGUGUACUUUAGAACUGAAGAGAUGGCUGUUGGGUCAGGGCUCUGAGAGGAUAGGAGGUGAAGAGAUGGCUAUUGGGUCAGGGCUCUGAGAGGUUAGGAGGUGAAGAGAUGGCUAUUGGGUCAGGGCCCUGAGAGGUUAGGAGGUGUACUUUAGAAUGGAAUAGCUUCAUUUUCUAUUCAAUGAUGUCUUUUCAAAGUUGGAAAGGCUGAGUAAAUGUUUGAAUGUAUUAACUUUUUGUGCAUGAAAAUGGAUACACUAAUUGUCUGUGCUUUUUAUCUGUCAAUUACUGUAGGCACAUUCUGUCUUUUAAGCUUUUCAAUCGCAGUCAGAGUCUUAUUUCCAUGUAAUCUUAUUUGUUUCUCAGUGUUUGUCAGCAGCCAAAUGACAGGGAGAUGCACAGAGGAGGAGAUUGAGAGGAAGAAGCAGGAGGCCAUAGCCAGGAGAAGGUCCAGGCAAACCUCCCUAAAAGCAGGGGGACUUCCUCCGUGACUAAGCAAUGCAUUCUACGGACACUAGAUUAAUACACAGUAAAACAGAAUAUCAAUAGACGAGCUAUCCUACGCUAGGUAGGUACCAUAAACAUUUCUAACGGUUUCUUCACAGAACGCUAUCGGUUCUACUAGAACAGUGUUGCGUUACGGAGCUAGACUGCUCGACACACACACGCAUACACACACACA